AUGAACGGAGAUCGGAUAAAGGCUUCUGCAAUUGCUAAAGCGAAGGAAUCUAUCACUAAAAAUUCGAAUGCGCAUGCUAUGAAAAAAAGGAAGAAAGAUUCGUUAAAACCAAUCAUCACAACCGAGCAAGACUCUGAAUCUUCCAAAAUGGCUUCUGUUCAAGCCCGUGCAGGAUCUACUUCGGGCACAAAUCGCGAUCCAUCAUCCUCUUCCUCUAGAGAAGACGCUGCAGAAACCACGGCUGACGAAGAAGAUUCCGAAGAUUACUGCAAAGGAGGUUAUCACCCAGUCCAAGUGGGUGAGAACUUCAAGGAUGGCAAAUACACCGUGGUUCGAAAGUUAGGAUGGGGUCAUUUCUCGACCGUGUGGCUUUCCAAAGACAACGUCACUCAGAAACAUGUUGCUUUGAAGGUUGUACGGUCCGCAGCGCAUUACACAGAAACGGCGAUAGACGAAAUCAAAUUACUGAAUAAGAUCGUGGGUGCUAAACCAGAUCACCCAGGUCGGAAGCAUGUUGUUAGCCUGUUGGAUUCUUUCGAACAUAAAGGUCCUAACGGCACACAUGUCUGCAUGGUGUUUGAAGUUCUGGGAGAAAAUUUGUUGGGUUUGAUCAAAAGAUGGAACCAUCGCGGAAUUCCUAUGCCUCUUGUUAAACAAAUUACAAAACAAGUUCUAUUAGGUCUGGAUUAUCUACACAGAGAGUGCGGCAUUAUACACACAGAUUUGAAGCCGGAGAACGUACUGAUAGAAAUUGGAGAUGUGGAGCAAAUCGUGAAGACAUUCGUCAAAGAGGAUACAAGCAAGGACAAGGAAGAUAAUCGAAAUGGCCGAAGAAGACGGCGAACUCUCAUUACUGGAAGUCAACCAUUACCAAGUCCAUUGAAUGCCAGUUUCAAUCAUGCAGAUUUGAUGAGGUUUCCUGGCAGCACUCCAGGUUCCCAUGGAAGUUUAAAUCAAAUGUUGAGCGAUAGUCGUUCUAACAAUUCUUCGCCUCAAAAAGAAAAGGCAGAUGAGGAUAACCACACAACACGAGAGAAGACUGCCGACAUUCUUACAGAUAAGGUCUCUGGUAUAUCACUCGACAAAAACUCUGGCGAAAAGAAAAAGGCAGAGGAUCCAAACCAAUUCGACAUAAUAUCAGUCAAAAUAGCCGAUUUGGGAAAUGCAUGCUGGACUGGACACCACUUUACAAAUGACAUUCAGACGAGGCAAUAUCGAUCACCAGAAGUUAUAUUAGGUUCAAAAUGGGGUGCUUCUACGGAUGUUUGGAGUAUGGCUGCUAUGGUCUUUGAACUUAUUACUGGUGAUUACCUCUUCGAUCCUCAAUCUGGAACCAAAUAUGGCAAAGAUGAUGAUCACAUUGCUCAAAUAAUCGAACUUCUCGGACCUUUCCCAAAAUCCCUUUGCUUGUCUGGCAAAUGGUCGCAAGAAAUCUUUAAUCGCAAAGGUGAACUACGAAAUAUUCAUCGAUUGCGCCAUUGGGCCCUACCAGAUGUAUUGAAGGAAAAAUAUCAUUUCAAAGAAGAUGAAGCGAAGAAGAUUGCAGAAUUUUUAACCCCUAUGUUGGAAUUAACGCCAGAGAAGAGAGCAAAUGCUGGAGGGAUGGCAGGCGCACCAUGGUUGGAAGAUACUGCUGGUAUGAAAGGGGUGAAGAUUGAGGGUCUGGAAGUGGGGAGCAAGGGUGAAGGAAUUGAAGGGUGGGCAUACGAAGUUAGGAAAAGAUAA